AUGGGAAACCCUUUCUCCUUGGGGUCUGAAAAUAGUAGUUUGUUACUCAUUUUAUUAGAUAUUUUCUUUCUCCUUGUUUAGUGGUUAUGAGGAAUGUUUGUCUUUUUAUACAGCAUUAAAUUCGUGGUUCCUUAUUACAGCACAUCUAUCCUUCUCGAUAUCAUUUAUUUCUUGUGGUUUUCUAUCCUCGUGCUCUCUUCUUUCCACUAUGUUAUCAGGCCAAGUCCUAAAACUAGUCACACUCCCUAACACACACCAAUACAUUCUAAAACAAGUCUACAACAGAUAUAUUCUGUAUAAUCGAAGAGCUAUGCAACAUCGGCAUAUAAAUCAUUGAUCACAGUGCGGACUGCAAUAGGGAUCCUGACUGUAUGAGUCACAUCUUUCCAAGUCAAGCUCCCGAAGGUGUAUACUCCCUGAAUCCUGCGGACAGAUGUCAAUGUAACAGUGAAGAUUUGUCUCUUGGUGCGUUCAUCAAACACGAGCUUUGAUGGUCGAACUUCUAUCUCGACCCCUGGGGGGGGUUCGACGACGGCGAUGUAAUUGCUGUCGACCGAGCCCACAUUGGUGACGGUUCUUGAGACUGUCACCUUGGUUUUGAGAUUAGGGAUAGAGAUAGAAGGCAGAUUCAAGUGGUAGACGGGAAUCUGAGCCUCACAAGCCAUGAAAGGACCGAAAGGGCACUUGAACUUGUCGAAAUCUUUCGGAUUGAUAUCGUAUAUAAGCCCCGGAUCAGCUGCCUUAUCUGGAUUGACGUGGCCGCUGCCAUAGUCAAAAGGGUCGGCGAGCUUGCGGGGGGUGCCCUCCGCCACUAUCGGCACACCAUCUUUGUCGACGACCGAAGCUGUGAAGAGAAACAGAUUAAUGUUGAGAACGGAACGACGCCCAGUUAUUGGGAAUUUAGAGAACAUACCGGUUGUCAGAAUGGCCGAUUUUAUUGCGGCGGGGGACCAAGUAGGGUGCAAGGAUUUGAGGAGUGCAACGAUUCCUGAUACGUGUGGAGCUGCCAUAGAUGUUCCAUCCUUGAAACCGUACGAAUCCCCCGCAGCGGCUAGGAUGCUGACUCCCGGUGCUGUGAUGUCCGGCUGCAUCGGUGUGAAAUAUUUCAGACAAAGAACAAGUAACAGAACCUUACGCGGGAAAACUUGAUGCAACUACACUAAAAAAAGAAUGCCGAUGCAGAUCCCCCCCUUUGUCUGGGGUAAUUCAAAUCUCGCAGAACCUAGUCUUUUGUUUACUGCAGACGCACCUUGAGGAUGCCAGGGAAGACUUGGUUGGGUCCUCUGGACGAGAAGGCUGCUACUCUGGGUGCCAAGAUCCCCCUGCCUUCUACAGUUCGUGUGGGAGCCAGCUUUAGCUUGGGAGAAUCCCUGUGA